AUGAAUCCUGGCACAGACCCCCUACCCUCAGCUGCUCAGCCCCCUGAUCCCCCGGGACUCCAACCUCAACCUCCACCUCUUCCGGGCCCUCCUCCCCCCAACACUGCUUUUUGCCAAAUUCCAGGGUCUCAAAUUCCUCAGUAUCCAAGCCUCCCGCCCCUCGCUGGCACAGACGAGUUUCAAAUAUGGGGCAACGGACCGCCCUUGGUACUUGUUCAGGGCUUUCCAUUCAGCACUUAUAUCUGGUCUGAGAUAGCGCAGACUCUUGCUUCAAGAUACACGGUUUAUAUCUGGGACAUACCAAUCCAGGAAAACACGCUCCGAAAGCAGAGCAGAUGCCUUUAUCUAAUGCUCCAGCGGCAUUUCAACCUCAUACCUGUCAACGUUGUUGCCCAUGGUGUUGGCGCCGUCUUGGCACUUGACGCCUGCAUUCAAUGGGGAAUGCGCUACCGAGUCCUAAUCCCCGUGAGUCCUAUUAUUUCAGCCUGGAAGGACCCCAAAUUCUUCCUCCAUGCGCAGAAAUAUACAAAGAUUUUAAGCCGCUUGCCGCUUCGACAACAUGCAGCUAUGGUGCGCGAUCAUAUCUCGACCGCUAGUUCUCAAGGCCUAAACUCCCACUUACUUCAUCGGCUCUGUCUUCAAUGGAUUGCCAGUGAUGCUGGACAGGAAGCUUUCUACUACCAAGCCGGGCGUGCUCUCAGAUUUUUGGAAGACUCCUUUUCGAAGGCGAACUGGGGCAAAAUCAAAGGAUUCCCCGUGCAUAUAUGCUGGGGGGGCGAUGAUCAGUGGGCUUCAGAGCCGGAUGAAAAUAUGCUAUGGGAUCUCAUUCUUGCUUAUCGUGAUACGGAAGAACAGAUCAUCCACCAAAGCCGGCGGCUAAUUGUGCCUGCGGGCCAUCUAGUUCCAUUGGACGCACCCCGGCCACUGCUGGUUUUCAUCUUUGCCUGUCUACUGUGA